AUGCUCAUCAUUGGUUCACGCGGUUCCGGAAAGACUACACUGGUCGAGACGGCGCUCUCCUCGCUCAUGUCAACUCACUCGGGUGACUUUUACACCGUCCGCCUCAACGGUCUCCUCCAAACUGACGACAAGCUCGCCCUCCGCGAGAUCUUGCGGCAGCUAGGCGUCGAGAUGGAGCUAGAAGGGGAAGAUCAACCCAAGGCUACCAAUUUUGCCGACACCUUACAAUCCAUCCUCGCCAUCCUCUCGCAUCCGGAUGAGCUCCAGGCGCAGAAUGAAGAGAGUGACGAUGCACCCGAAGACCCAGCGAAGACCGCCGUUGCUGUAAUCUUCGUGCUGGACGAGUUCGACCAGUUCGCUACUCACCCCCGGCAGACUCUCCUCUAUAAUCUUUUCGACAUCGCGCAGGCAAAGAAGGCGCCCAUUGCCGUGCUCGGAUUGACGUGCAAAGUGGAUGUAGUCGACUCCCUUGAGAAGCGUGUAAAGUCCCGCUUUAGCCACCGCACCGUACACCUCAAGCUCCCCGCUUCGCUCGACGCCUUCUGGGACGUGGUCAAGGAAGGUCUAGUGAUGGACGUAGAAACCGCCACCCUUCACGGCCGCGAGACGGAGCGCUACGCCGAGGCAUGGAGCCGGUAUAUCGAUAACCUGCGAGAAACCAAGGAAUUCACCGCGCUGAUCCGCAGCGUCUACGGCUCCUCCAAAACCGUCGCACCAAUCUUCAACGCCGCCAUGCUCGCGCUCCACACGCUGUCCCCGGCCACGCCCUUCCCUGCCGCCACAGCAUACACGCGCGCGCUCGCGCCGCCCGCAUCGAACCUCUCGCUCCUCCCCUCCCUCUCGGACCUGCAACUCGCACUGCUGAUCUCCGCCGCGCGCCUCGAGGUCCUCGCAGACACGGAGACGGUCAACUUCGAGAUGGUCUACGACGAGUACCUAAAGCUAUGCACCAAGACGCGGGCGCAGGCCACGCCCAGCGGAGGCUUAGGCCGCGUGUGGAGCAAGUCCGUGGCUGUCGGCGCGUGGGAGGGAUUGGAGAAGAUGGGACUUGUGGUGCCGGUCGGCAAUGCCGCGAAGCGAUGGAGGGUCGAUGUGGGACUCAUGGAGAUCAGGGACUUUGUCAAGGGCAGUCAGUGGGUGCGCUGGUGUAAGGAGGUUGUUUAG